ACAUUCAUCUGCAAGAAAUGUCAUUGAAAGGUGUUUUGGCAUUUUGAAGUCAAGAUGGGCUAUCCUAAGAAGCCUAUCAUUUUAUCCCAUUAGGACAUAUAACCGAAUAAUAAUUGCUUGCUACCUCCUUCACAACUUAAUUCGUCAAGAAGGUGAUCCACUUGAAGAUGAAGUUGAAGAGCUUGAAGUUGAUGUUGAUAGGAUGGAUAACCCCCCAAUUCAAAACUUGGACACAUCUGAUGAAUGGGCUACAUUUAGGGAUAAUCUUGCAAAUGAAAUGUUCAAUGCUUUUACUUCUAAUAGGGCUUCUACAUGAAAGAGUUAUUUUAAGCCUUGUAAUUUUGUGACUUUACUUGCUGUAAUUUCAUUUCUACCAUACGUACCACUGUAACUUUGUGCUGGAAUAUAGUUUUAUUUGCUGAAUAUGGUGGAGACUUUGUGCUGGAACAGAGUUUAGUUGCUGGAAUAUGGUUUUAACCUUAUGACUUUAUCUGUUGGAAUAUAGUUUAUUUGUUGGGAUAUGGUUUUAACUUUGUGCUAACUUUAUUUGCUGGAAUAUUCUAUGUUUAUAGUCAACCAAACAUGUCAGAAAAAUCUGGAAAGUUAGAUAAGCAUGUGUGGACACCCGAAGAGGAUGAGCUGCUAAUUCAUUGCAUGAUGGUAUUGCAUGCUAAGGGUGAACUUAUGUGUGAGAAUGGUUUGAGGUCUGGUGUGUUGAACACUUUGAAAGAUAUGCUGUAUGAUUUAAUACCAGGAUGUUCUCUUAAGGCCCAUCCUCACAUACAGUCUAGGAUUAAGAAGCUAAAAACUAACUAUGGUGUGGUUUCUGACCUCCUCAAUUUAUUUGGAUUUGGUUGAAAUGCUGAGAGGAAAUGUGUGACAGCUCCUAAGGCAGUAUGGGAUGAGUAUGUAAAGGCGCACAAGGAGGCAGCUAAGUUCCGGAACAAGUCUUUCUCUUUUUAUGAUGAGCUUCAUGACAUGUUUGGCAAGGACAGGGCAACCGGCAAGGAUGCUCAAACAUGUGAAGAUGUCCUUGAGGAGCUUCAAGAUCAGAUUGGUUUGGACAAUUCAAUGCUUGAGGCUGACCCAGAUGCUGAUAUGGAUAUAUCACAUGUUAACACUUCACAUCCGGAAGACACUUCACAUGUCAACAAUCAAACUGAGCACAUUUCAUCUGAUGCAAGUUCAGGGUCCAAAAAGCGAAAGCGCACAAGAGCUGAUCGUGAUGACAUCUUACUCAAAGGUAUUGAGACAGUUGCUCGUUCAUUUUCUGAAGGUUUGAUGGAGGCAAGUGAUCGUCUGGGAAUGCGUCUGGAUAGGGUUGAACGUGAGAAACGUUUGGAUGGGAUGAAGGAGUCACUCUAUGGUGAUCUUAUGAAGAUUGAAGGACUUUCACACAAAGAAUGUAUGGCAGCUUAUGUCAAGAUGAUAUCUGAUGAGAAAACCUCUUUUGCCCAGCAAUCUCAAGCCAAGGUGCUUCAUCUCCAGCAACAACUUACAUCUCUCAAAAAGGGCAAUGAAAGCAUUUUAGACUACUACAACAAAGCCCUGAUGAUCAGUGAUUCUCUUGCUGCCUCUGGUAGCCCUGUUCCUGAUUCUGCUUUCAACGCCUAUCUUCUUGCUGGCUUAGGCACCGAUUAUGACUCAAUGUUCACUGUCUUAACCACUCUGAAAGCUCAGUUCAUUCCAAAAGACAUCCUCAGCCAUCUCCUCACCUAUGAAGCUUGA